AUGGAAUUAGUUUAAAACAGAAUCUACGAAAGAAAAAAAACUGUGGAAUCUAAGGUCAACAGUGAUGAAGUGACCCUAGAUGUGGUUAAUGAACUUAUCAAAUAAGGCCUUGAUCGUUAGAAUACAAGCAAUGAUCCGAUUGGAUUAAAUAUUCCAUCUUCGACUAUUUAACGAAAUUAAAUUAAUAACUCAAAUAAUAAUCUUUAAUAAAAGCAGCUGAAUAAUAAUCACUAAGAUUUGAUGAAUAAUAAAGCACAAAUCGAUUUCACCAAGGCGACCGAGUCAAUCCCUUUGAUGUUCCCAGAUAUCUAAGACAGCAGUAACGUUUCAAUCUAAAAUAAAUAAGUUAAUAAUUCAUUUAAAGGUGGUAGAGGAAGUAAAACUCCAAAAGCAAGCACUUAUUAAGAUGAUGGAAUGAAAAAAUCUUAAACAAAAUCUGAAAGCCUCUAAAAGUUUUCCUAGGAGUAAUAUAGUUUGAGUAAAGUAAAUAGUGAGCAAGUUAAAAUUAAAUCAUAGCCUCUAGGAAAGUUACCAACUAAGAGAGAUAAAUAACUAGGUGUAAUAGAUGAAGUAGAUGAUAGCAUAAUGGGGUCUAAAAAUGCUAAUCAAAAAGAAAAAGCAUAAAAGAUAAUUGAGGAAAAGAAAAAUGAACUCCAGAAAUUGAGAAUGAGGAGAUAGGAGCUUGUCAAGAGGUUAAAUAAAGCAUUAGACAAGUCAAGAUUUAAAGUAGAGCAAAUUCUUAGGCAUCAAGAUAUUCCUGAAAAUAAGAAGAUAAUUGAAGAAGCAGAUUCUGUUGGAAUUCAAAAAAAGUACUAAUCAAGCGAAAAGGAAUAAAGAUAGCACGGUCUCCCUCUAUACUUUUACAUUAUGAGAAAGAAUUUUGAAUAAAGUUACCAAGAAUUUCUAUUGCUCAUAACUCAUGGGCAUUUGCAGUAAGCAUAUACUCUAUGUCUAUCAGAUGGCUUUAUAAAGGCUCAUGACUACUAAAUAAAAAACAUGCUAGUCUUUGAAGAAUUCUAUAAGAAAAAUAACUACGAGUAUCCAAAAUUACUAAUGGAGAAGAAAUAAUAAAGUAAGACCUUAAUGGGCAAACAAAAGAGUUCAGUAUCAGUGAAAUAUGAACAUGGCUAUAAGUUUUAAAAGGGUUAUCUAUUCAAUUUUGUCAAAAAGAUGAUAAUGCCAUCCGAUGAGGAAAUAGAAAAGGAAAAAAUUAGGCAAAAAAAUAAGGAAAAAAAUAAAAAUCAAACAACUCCAGAUGGAAAUGAUGAUAAAAAUGGAGAAAAAUCAGAUCACAUUAAUGAGAAAUCAAUUAGUUACAAAAAAAUGAUGACUAAAAGAAUAGCAAGAGAAGAAAACAAUCUAACAGAAAGGUAAUUACUAGAAAAAAGAAUCGAAGAAAUGAUUAUUAAAGACUACAAAGCACAUAAUAACGGUGCAUUGCAAGAAUAUAACCCUAAUACCUAACUACUAAACACUAAGAGAGGAUCUAAUAAUGUAAUUUAGCCAGAUCUAUAAGAUUACGCUCAGCCUUAAAAUUAGCAAGAGUUUUAAAACUAAGAUCAUAAAAAUCACUAUCUCAAUAACAGAAACUCCAAAAGUUUCUACAAUCAAUCUUAUCUUAAAAAUAUAGUGAAGAAUAAAUUAUAUGAGACUAAUGAUUAAAGCAUUAUCCUCGCAUUGUAUCUCAUGAUUAAAGAAAAAAAGAUUCAUAAUAAGAAGCUCAUCAGCAUGAUUAUAGACCAAAUGCAUGAUGAGGUAUUGAAAUUCUUUGAAAUUCAGAAAUACAUUCCAGCUAAUAGGGAAGACUUAAAAGGAAAAGGACCCAAUGAUAUAACGAACUAAUUUGAUGAAGAUAAGCUUACCUCUAGACUAGUUAAUCAAGCUUUAAAACUAAAUGAGCCAGAAAUAGCAAUAUUGGCAGGAAGGCAAUUAGUUAAAAAGACAUAAAAUCCAAUAAAUCAACAAGAACAUGUUUUUGAUUACUUUCAUAUGAGGAAUUUGUUAAGCUCUAUUCUCAGAACAAACAGAGAUAAAAUAGUAAUGAGUUAAAUAAAUAUGAAAGGUGAGAGAAAGAAUACAUUACUGCCUAACAUAAUUAAAUUGGAAAGUGCUUAGCAGGUUGACUUGAACAUUCAUCUAAAUGAGGAAUAGAAAAAAUCAUAAUUGCUUGAGCAAAACCGUAAAUCAAUGAUUGAAGAGAGAAAUCUUGAAAUUAAGGAAAAAUUACUAAUGCGAGAAAAGAAAAAUCAAAUCAAGAGUCUAAUAAAGUUUAUCUGCUACUUCAUUAAGACUAAACAUACAAUAAAUUUGUGUUUAAUCGAUGAAAAGAAGGAAAUGGAAAAAUUUCCGAUAGUUGCAUAUGAUCAUUUAUACGAGAAAGCAUAAGACAACCGUAUCCAAGGCAAGCUAAACUUUUUGAACGUGAUGCAAAUAGCCUGUCAAAGGAGGUAGUCAAAAGCAUAAAAGAUAACAAAAAGAGGUCACGAAAUGGAUAGUGAUUUUAAAAUAGUGGGAGAUGGAUCAAGGAAGCAUGUUAGCAACUUUGAGGAAGACUAUUUUUUGACAAACUUGCUAAAAUGGGAAAUGCCAAAAUAACUUAAAAAGAUCAAUCCCAGAGUUACUUCUUGCAAUAGGUAUGUGACUGUCUCAAGGAAUGAUCCCAAAGAAGUAUCUUCUUAUUGCUUUGAUAUAAUAAAACUUUGUAUUGAAUCGAACAAGUCCUAUCUAGCUGAGAUGGUAUUAAAACUUAGAAAUAAAGAUCAGCAUGAAGUAGGGUUUUCAUAUGGACUAAUGGCUGAUGAUGAUAAAUAGGAGCUACUUGAUGAAGGAGAAUGUGAAAGUUUAUUCAUUAUGCUGUUAUCUGAUCCGAACGGUGAAAAACUAGAAUUGCUUCUUGAAAUAUUCAGAUUAAAUAAAACUUCAAAAUAGGUUCUAAAAAAGAUAUACUCUUAUAUUGUCUCUAACAAGCAAUCUGAGGAGUAGCAAAAGAAUAUAAAUAACAAUAGUUCAUUGCUUAAGAAGGGUAGAUAUAUUUAUUACUGUGCUGAAUUAUUGGCUCAAACAGAUGUAAAGGAGGUAGAAGAGCACUAUUCAAAAGAAAUCGCAUUGAAUUUGGGGAAAUUUUGCAAGUCAAAUGAACUAAAAUAUUGCCAUUCACCGUUUUUAACCCUAGUAUUAAUGGCAGAAUUUUUGAAAAAGCUCGCCAAAGCUGAUGUUCUUCAUUAAAAUAUCUUGCAUUCAACUUUGAAUACGCUUCUAGAUCUUGCAUAGAGUAUUUAGAAAUCUAUCAAGAAUGAGAAAAGAUUCAAGUAUAUUCAUUAAUAGAAAGAUAUUAGAGGUAGAGAGGCUCUUGAUAUAAUAGUCUAAAAUUAAUUUUAUUUGCUUUUGUAGUAUGAUGAUAUUGGAAUGAUAGCUGAAGAUCUUUGGAGAGGUCCACCGAUAUUGUAACUGAUCUUCACUCUUAAGAGUAAAAAGCUUUUUGAAAUUGAUCACUGGAGAGCCAUAGAUAUUCUGAUGUUUAUUAUGAUUAUCAUAGACUACUUCAGACUUCAUAUGUACUUUUAUCCACCAGAGAAUGAUGAUAAAUUUGACACUGAAGAGGAAUCAGAUCUUAUUCUUCAAAGCUUAAAUGCUUAUAGAAGACAUAUAAUGAAUGCUAGCAUUACUUCUUUUAUUGUGUUUUUGGUCUGGUUCAGGAUAAUAUCAGUAUUAAUUACAACAUAAAAGCUGGGCCAUAUGAUUUAAGCUAUAUAUUUCAUGAUAAAGAUGACAUUGAACUUCUUGAUUAUCUUUGCAUGCUGGUUGAUCUGCUGUUCUGCUAUAUUUACAGCAAUAUAUUAUGAUUCUGAUUCUUCAGAUGGAAAUUACAGAAGCUUUGCAGUUACAGUAACAACUCUUUUUUCUGCUACUCUUGCAGUUUAUGAUGACAACUUUACUAUUCUGGAGCCUCUUGGCUCAAUUUUGAUGAGUAUGUUUGUUGUAAUAUCAGCAGUUAUGCUUAUCAAUCUUCUAAUUGCCCUACUUACAGAAGCUUAUUAAAAUAUAUCCAGAAAUGCAGAUUCAAGACACAGGGCUAUUUUGAUUAAUUACAGACAUAGGUGGUCUUGGAAUGACUAUCACAGUUAUUUAAUUUUUGCUCCCCCACCAUUAAAUGCAUUUGCACUACUUAUAUUGCCAUUCGGGCUAUUCUUAUCAGAUAAACCGCUAAAAAGAAUGAACAAUGCAUUUUGUAAAAUAGUUUUUAUUCUUAUCUAUGUCUUACCGAUGGUAAUAGUUUUUUUCGCUUACAACGAAAUAUUAUUUAUUUUAGCUUGGUUAAAAGGAUUUUACAGCGUCCAAUCUCUUCUUUACAAGAAAAAACCAGCUUAUAAUGCUCUAUUGUGGUUAUUAUUUGGAAUAUUUAUUCUGCAAUGGGUUAUUAUAAAGGAUAUGUAUUAUAUUCUAGCUAUUUCUUUUGAAUCAGCAAAACCUAAAUCAAAACAACAAUAAAAGUAUAUUUCUUAAUCUAAGGGAGAGGAAGAUUAUGAAAUAACUGAGGAAUAGAAAAAGGAAUAAGAUAAGUAGAUUUAUAAGAAUUUCAUUGAAUCAGUCAUAAACUUAUUCGAUGAGUUGGAAUUCAAGAAUCAUGAACUUAAAAUGAGGGAGUAAAGAGACAAAAACUGGAAUGAUGGCAAUUAAUAAAAGGGUAAAUAAACAACAAAAGUGUUUUUAGAUAAGAAAGGUAGAAAUAAAAACAGUUUAAGCAAUGGCACUAUUACUGUCAGGAUAUUUGCUACAAGAUUCUACAGACUCUUAGAGGAUAAGGAAGAGCAUAUUAGGGAUGUGAGAAACCCUGCUAGAGCAUUGAAGGGCAAGAGAAAGAAGAGACCCAAGAUUUUCUAGAAUUUUAUCCAGGAACAAUCAAAGGACGUUUAAGUAGAUUUAAUGAAAUGCUACUUCUUCAAGAAAUAUGAUUACAGAGCCAAGGAAAUAUUCGAAAGAGCGUAUUUUGUUGACUUUAGCAGCAUUGAAAAAGCAAUUCACAAAUUCAGACAAAAGAGUGCCAUCUUGAAACAAGGAUAGAACCUCAAGAAGAUAAAUAAGUAAACAGCUGAUGUCAAAGAUAUGCUCGAUUAAUUCAAUAACUACUGUAAUAUUGGCAUAGUCUCAGAUCAACUUAUCAGUUUAGCCUAUAUGAAACUCUAAUCUGUAAUUAGUAGUUCUAGAUUAAGUGAUACUAACUCAAUGAUGGGUGAUGAGUUGUCUCUCAGCCAAUAUCCAUCUGAAAAAAAGAUUGAAAACACAACAAAAACAUUGAAUUAUCAGGCAAAUCAUACCAAAGAGGAGGAAGAGGAAGAAGAAGAUAAUGUCAAAAAGGCUAUUAAAACUCAUGAAUCAGACGAUGAUGUGCAUAAUAUAAACGAUUCAGUUAAUUCAAAUUCAUUUACUACUGAGGUAAACGACGACCCAGCCGAAUAGAAUAAAGAAAAUGAUAAAUUGAUGAAUUAAGAAAAUUCUAAUGAUGAUAAGAAGUAAGAUACCUAAAACAUCCUUCUUAUACAGGAUAAACAGGAAUGA